CCCCGCUCUCCGCCCCGGGGCUGACCCUCGGCGGAGAUGCGCUCCCGGGUUUUCCCUCUGCCCGGGGGAAAAAGGGGCUGUUCUGCUCCGGGCAUCUCUCUCAGCUGAAGGGGGCGGGAGCUGCAGCCUUGAAGUAGAAAAGGAAGAAGGAAAAGCAGCGGGGCGAGGAUGAGCGGUGCCGGACAGCGGUGGGCGGUGGGCUGAGCCUCCUGGGCACCGCGGGCUGCAGGAGGAGGAGGAGGCAGCAGAGGAUGCGGCGGGGCAGGGAUGCUGCGGCUGAGCACCCGUCUGCCUAAGGAGAGCAACGUCGUCCUCCGAGGGCAAGGAAGAAAGUGGGGGGAAAGCGGCGGAGCUCGCACAGAGCCCGCGGAGCCCCGCCAAGGAGUGCCCGCCUGACGCCCCAGCAAAGUUUCCUGAGCUCGGUGACAAGAGGGGAGGAGGGAUGUGAGAUCCUUCUCCCCGCAGCGCACAGCUGGGCUUCCAGCCCCGGUUCUGCUGGGACGAGCCAUGGCUUUGCCAUCCCCGAGUGAAGGGUGAAAGGAGACCCCGGGCAGCCGCUCCAUCCGUCGCCUUCCCUGGCUCCGCGCUCCAGCCCAGGAUUUCGAGGCAACAGGAGACUGGAAACAGCCUUCUCAACACAGCAUUCACCCUGUGAGGACUGAGGUGGCCUCCAAGACUCUUCCCAGCAUGUUCAGUGAAAAGAGCAGUGCCUCUUUGCCCCAAAAACCCACCCAGAAGAAGACCCGACCCCAGGGCCUCCCUUCCCCUGCUCUCUGCUGUGCCUGUGGACUCUGCAUCAUGCUAGCAGGGAUCAACAUCACCUUAGUGGGAGCAUUUGCCUUUGGGACUUUCCUCCCUGUGAACAACCCUCCCAUCAUCAUUGGUCCCAUCCUGCUGGUGGUGGCCUUCACGUUCUUCGGUGCCUGCUGCAUCUGCAGCCGCAGGCCCCCGGCCCACGGGGCCAGGAAAGCCAAACCAGGCUCUAACAUUGGGCUCAUCAAACCUGGCAACACUGCCUUUGAAAUUGAAACCAGCGAGCACACGGUGCAGGACACCACUGCUGUCCAGCUGAGCCCCACGAAUUCCCCCAUCUCCUCCAAAAAGUCCACACCGGUUCAUGAGAGCACCAAGGCUUGCAAGCUCUUCACCAUGGAAGGCAACGGGCCCGUGGCCAAAUACACCCCAGGGGGAGAGGCCAUACAGCUCAACCUGCCCAGGGACCUGGCCACAUCCUAAACCCGGGCAAAGCUUUCGUCAGCAGCCAGCCAAAGGCUGCCAUGGGUGGGCUGGAAAUGUACCAUCAGUCAGAGGGGUGGGGAAGGUGCUUGUGGAAAGCCAGCAGUCAGUCAGGUCUCUCUGAACCACUUCAAGGGGGAUGGAUGCUGCAGCAGAAAGAAAAAUAAUCCAGAUUUUGGCUGAAACAUGCCCAUUACACAGUUUUAAAAAGAAAACUGAUAACGGUGCUGCUGUGAAGAGAUGAUCUUGGUUCCUGGAAAUAUGCUGCCAUUUUUGAGGAGCAGAUAGGAAGAGGGGAACGAAUUAAUUUUUCUGAUAUAAUGUGACAGUUGGAAGGAGAGGCAACAUGGGACUGACAAAUGACAGCUCUUUCUUCUCAGAAGUGAAGCAAUUCUUGGACAUAAAAGAAGCAGGAAUGCAGUAAAUUACAGCUUGCUGCCACUCAGUCACGAGAAGAUUUCAGCAUUUUUAGUGCCAGACUUUUUGGCAGUAGGGACAAAGCUAUGUCUUUGCUACUAAAAAAGCAGUGUGAAACCAUCUCUCGUCUCUUGAAAUUUCUUGCCCUAUCCUGCUCUCAUUUGGGUGAUUUUACUGCCCAUUCUAAGAGAAGGAACCACAAGGAUCACAAUCAGCACUGGUAUUUUCCUCUCACGUUAAUGAGUUUGAGCUGCAGCUGUGCUACUCCUCACAGCGUAUUUCUUGGAAGAUCAGUCGGGCUGGAUCCUUGGGGAUAAGCUCCUGGGGUAACCAGAGACUAACAGGAGCCUGCAAAUUAAAUUUUUGGGCCGUGAUUAUGUAUUGAGUACUAGGCAACACUCUUCCCGUGUUUUUGUGGAAGGCUGGCCUGGGACACGCCUCAGGGCAGGGGGGUAGAUAACUGUAUGGGCUUCAGAACUGUAUGGGCUUCAGAAUAGCUCUGCUGGAAGAUGGUGACUGUGCCACCUUCCCUGGAGUAACUGUGAGAUCCAUUGCCCAGGAGUGGAUCCUUGCUGUAGGAGAUGGGCUGCUCAGUGUGCUCAUGGGCUUGCAGAGCAGUGGGAUGAGUUUGCAGAAGAGAAUUUACCAAGAGCUGUUCCAAGCAAAGACGCCCCCUCUGCCUCAGAAAGACCCUAAUCUGAUGGAAUAAUGCUGCAAAGGAUUUGUGUUCUUCUCUGGGUGACUCUGGCUGGGAGCACAGUGCUGUGCUGAUGGGCUUUGCUCUGACUCCUGCUCAUGUGUGGGACCAGUGUGGGAAGGACAGCACUGCUAGGCAGGACUUGUAUGUACAGCAGCAAGAGAGUGGAUCUUGAGUAGGAAUGGCUGCACACGUCCUCUGUUUAUGGUAACUCUAUAUUUGAAAUGUGGUUUUUGGGACUUUGAAUGACAAGGAAAUCAUCUGGACCUUACCACAUCACUACAGUGGCCCAGCUAGCCCAGAAUCCAGCUUUUGACAAGGCUGAGAGCAAGGUCAGGAGAGGAACAUAAA